AUGUUCUCACGUACUAACCACCACCAUCAACAUGGUCAGCGUGCCAGCUCACCGGCCCUGCUGCUGGGUACACGGCGACAGCGCUCUCCAGACUCAACCCCAGGCCCAACAGAGUCAGAGAGUGAUGGCCAAAAGCUGCUACAGACCAAGAGGUCACCCCACACAAAGCACCUUAUAAAGAAAAGCAGAACUCACCCUUGGAAAUCAGUGGAUGCCCCUCCGGGUCCCUCUUCACAGCACUCUGUCAACACACCCAUACCAUUGGUGGACCCAUAUAGUGCCCCAAACACUGAUGCCGCACCCCUAUCCACUCUGCCCCCGCCAGCUAUGUCUUCAGACAUUGUUGCCGGACAGGUUGCUCACCUCGAGACUCUGCUGGACUCCAUUCUGGCAAUGGUCGCGAUUAUACAAAGCAUUUCUCACGGUACCGUCACACUUAGUGACCGAACAAUGCACGCCGCUCUGCUGCUACAUUCAACCUUAUUCCCGGCAGACCCGGAAUAUCACUCCCAAAACCCUGAAAGGAUUACUGAGCCCCGGUCAUACACUACGGUGGCCAAAACUACACCAGUGGCUCAGCCAGCUCAUACGCUGCAGAGAACAUCCCCAGCCCUAAUUGCUGGAGGCCCUGUUAAGAUCCGCCCUCACGUCACUCGUCCAACCUGCCAUUAUUCCUCAAAUAAUUGCCUUAUUGCAUCCUGGGAUGACUUUCCACUUACACAGCCAUCUGAUCCACUCACUGAUUUUGUGGAGCGACUCAAUAGCAAGCUCUCGCCAAUGUCAUGGGACCCCCCUUGUCAUGUUCUUGGAGCUAAUGUCUCAAAAUCAGGAAGGCUCAUUAUCCACACCGCAAACAACACUGGAACUGCUAGAAUCAAAGCUCACCCGAUGACCAUUCUUUAA